AUGUCUCUUUCACCAGAGCCACAGGAAAAGUUGGAUUACAAAAUAGGAGAAACGCUCCCAGGAGUUGAUGACAUAGAGUCCGGUCCCCAGCAAGGUGAAAUCGAGGAAUAUUCAUGUGCCUCUAACAAGUCGUGGUUCGAGGAUUUCGUGGACGGCUUUCGCGAGCGUCGAAUUCCAGAAAUCGACCCAAAUCUUUCGCCAAACGAGAGGGCUAUCCUGGCAAGUAGCCGUGCGCCACUGAACAGAACACUCAAAAAUAGGCAUCUACAGAUGAUUGCCAUUGGCGGAUCUAUCGGCACGGGGUUGUUCGUUGGCUCUGGAAAGGCGCUAAGAAUUGGUGGACCCGCCGCAGUAAUCAUCGCAUGGACUUUGACUGGGUCGAUGGUAUACUCAGUUGUACAAGCUCUUGGGGAAUUAUGCGUUGCAUUGCCUGUUUCGGGUUCCUACUUAUCUUAUGUCUCACGAUUCAUCGAGCCCAGCUUUGGAUUUGCUCUAGCCUACAACUACCUACUGGGUAACUUGAUCACAGCUCCUUUGGAAAUAAUCUCUGCCUCGAUCACUGUCGAUUUCUGGGGCGUUGAUCCGAAAUAUACGGAAGGUUUUGUUGCUCUCUUUUUUGUAGUCAUCUAUGGCAUCAAUUUCUUUGGUGUCAAAGGAUAUGGCGAAGCAGAGUUUAUUUUUUCUCUCAUCAAGGUGCUGGCUGUUAUUGGAUUCAUAUUCUUGGGCAUCAUUUUGACUUGUGGUGGUGGUCCUAACAGCGCCGGAUACAUUGGAGCGAGAUACUGGUAUAAUCCCGGUGGCUUCGCAAAUGGUUUCAAAGGAUUCGCCUCUAUAUUUGUCACCUCGGCUUUUUCGUUUGCCGGAACAGAAUACUUCGCCUUAGCCGCUGCUGAGAGUAAAAAUCCCAGGAAAGACUUACCACGCGCAGCAAAACAAGUCUUUUGGAGAAUCACUUUGUUCUAUCUAAUCUCGCUAACUUUGAUAGGUUGUUUGGUGCCAUAUACCAAUGACCGCUUGUUCGCCGCUGAUAGUGUCGAUAUUACAGCUUCGCCGUUCGUAAUUGCCAUCACAGAGGCUGGGAUUGGCGGCUUGCCCAGUGUUUUGAAUGUUGUAAUUCUUUUCGCAGUUCUUUCGGUUGGUAACUCAUGUGUUUUCGCGGCUUCCCGCGCUGUUUUAGCUCUUUCUUACUACGGAUUUUUGCCAUCAAAGUUCGCCUACAUCGAUCAAAGAGGAAGACCGUUGAUCGCUCUGGUGAUAUGCCUCAUCUUCGGCCUUCUAUGUUUCCUGGCUGGGUCUUCUAAGAAGGGAGUUGUGUUCGAUUGGAUGCUUGCCCUAUCGGGGCUGAGCUCUUUCUUCACAUGGGGAUCGGUGUGCGUUUGCCAUCUUCGCUUUAGGAUGGCGUUGCGUGCUCAAAACAGAACCACCGAUGAGCUCCCCUUUACCGCACAAACUGGAAUAUGGGGCUCGAUCUACGGAUGUAUUCUGAUAGUUGUUGUUCUCUGUUUCCAAUUCUGGGUGGCUCUGUUUCCCGUUGGGGAGAAACCGAACGCUGGUGCGUUUUUCGAGGAAUACCUGUCGUUCCCUGUUCUGUUGGUUUUCUACGCCGGUCACAAGCUAUAUACACGCAACUGGACCCUACUGAUUCCAGCGAAAGAUCUAGAUAUUGACACCGGAAGACGUGAUGUGGAUAUCGAGUUGCUCAAGCAAGAAAUUAUAGAGGAGCGCGACUACAUCAAGUCAAGAUCUGUCUGGUACAGGGUAUACCGCUUUUGGUGUUGA